CAUUUAUUUCAAAUAAUGAUGACAUAACAACCUAGAAAUAUUUAAUACUGUUUUCAGCAUCGAAGAAUUUGCUAUUGCCACCAUGAGGUAAAUCAUGAAGAAAGAGAGAAGGAAACGAAAAAAAGAAAAAAAAGAGCUUCCGGUCAACCCUCCCUUGCGCACCACAUCCUACGGCAUGACAACCACUUACCUUUCUUACAGUUCCAGACUUUGAUCGAUGAUAAAAAAUUGACCAAGAAGUAGACUGGAAGUUGCAGCAAUACUCAAGAUUCUCAAUUUUUCCUUAACAAGACGAGAUUGUUGUCAAAGAGCCUGAGCCAGCCGGGUAACCUCUCCAUCGAUGACCGGAAAAAGACGCCCUCCAGAACAAAUCCCAUCCCCCCUCAUUGCUCCCCCCAGCUCCCUUCUAGAAGGACUAGAAUUCUCAGCUUCUGACCAAGUAAAUACAAUAACGUAGGGCUCGCCAGACGUCCACGUGUCAUCCUUUGAAGUCAAACGGGCGAGGCAAGCCAGCUCUUGACUGCAACCUUCUUCUUUGCUAACCUCCACGCCACCGCCCGCCCAUAUAACUAUCCCCCUCUUCCCGCGCCAUCGCCUGCUAAACUACAAACACAACUCCAAUGGAGACCAAUCACAGUCGUUCGAUCGAUGUGCCCACUGGUGGCCCACCAUUCGACUUCCGUCCGAUGCUUCCAAUCGUAGUGGUAUUGCUUCUGGUCGCCCCCCUGUGCGCCGACGCCCAACCGUCGGUGUCCACCUCCGACGGUACCUACAAGACCAGCUUCAAUCCUUCUUUAGUGAUCCUCAUCGUCGUCUUCAUCUGCGCUUUCUUCUUCAUGGGCUUCUUCGCCGUCUACAUCCGCCGCUGCGCCGGCGACCACUCCGCCAUCUCCGCCCUCACCGCCGCCGCGCCCGGCGGCGCCGUUGGCGGCGGGAGGGGAGCCGAGCGGGGGCUCGACCCCGCGGUGCUGGAGACGUUCCCGACCAUGGAGUACGCGGCGGUGAAGAAGGUCAAGGGCGGGAAGGUCGGCGCGCUGGAGUGCGCGGUGUGCCUGUCCGAGUUCUCGGACGACGAUACCCUCCGACUGCUUCCCAAAUGCUGCCACGUGUUCCACCGCGACUGCAUCGACGCCUGGCUAGCCUCCCACGUCACCUGCCCCGUCUGCCGCUCCAACCUCGCCGACCCCGCCGCGCCGGUCGAGGCAGAGGCGGAGCCCGAGACCGACGCCGCCGGCGACGCUGGCGCCCCGGUUCCGCCGGAUCACGUGGCGAUCGACGUCGAGGGGGAGGAACGGAAGGCGGAGGGGACGGAUCUGGGUCCCACCGCGAGGCCGAAGCCGCCAGCGGGAGGGUUCCGGCGGUGGAACUCGGAGGGGCGGGCGGCGGAGGGGGAGCACGACCGGUACACGCUCCGGCUACCGGAGCACGUGCAGCGGGAGCUGGAGGCCGCCGGGAGGCUCCGGCGGGCAGCUAGCGUCGCAGAGUACCCGCGCGCCGGCGAUGCGGGAUCGAGGAGGGGGAAUCGCGGCGGCGUGGGGCGGUUGUGGCGGAGCGGGCGGGCGGGGAGGUCGGGCCGAUGGGGAUUCUUCUUGAGGACGUUCUCCGGGAUGAGGAGGGGGGAGGGGGAGGCAGCGGAGGGGUCGAGCAAGCGGGUGUUCCCCGCCGCCCGAGAUUCGCUCGACGGCGUUGGCGGAGGCGGAGCCGGAGGUUCGAAGUCCGGAUCCACGGCGGAAGGGGCCGAACCGUCGGGUACGGCGGGACCGGACCGGGUUUAAUCGCCCGGUGAUUUUGUUUAUUAUUAAUUUUUUAAAUGAUAAAAUUUGCUGCUUUUGUGAAUUACGUGGCAGAACUGAGGCCGCGUGAUCUUUACAAAGGUAUAUGUAUAUCCUAUCGAAGGUGUACAUAUUAAAAUUUGAGCUUAUCACGACAUUGGUGGUCGGCAAGCAAUCAAAACUCAAAAGCAGCUUGGCUGGGUAUUGUGUACGCAGAUAGAAUCAUGCAAAAGAAAGCUUUGGCUCGAAGGAAAUUAUUACUGGGAUCGAGAAGAGAUGUUCAGUUAUGUUCCGCAUCUAAUAAUGUCCACAUCUAAAUAGUGAAUCUAGUUGGUUGGCACUUCUUUAA